AUGUAACCAGCCGUCUCGCGCACACUUGUCUCUUUUACCCAAUCAAUAGACGAGCGUCACGUUACGUAAUUAAUAUUCAUAAGCCGUUGGUUCUCCAUAGUAGGGUUCGUGUAUUCUAACGGGACAAGGGCUUAUUAUUUGCGUACGCCUCUCCUCCGCCCCACUGAAAUCAGCACCAGCGCUCCUCACCGACGCACUACACUGAUGACAACACAACAAAAUUUACGCUGUCUCCAACAUAGCCGCCUUUAAGUUUGACCCAAAGCUUAGGAAAUAACAAAACAAGCCAUGUUUCGAGUAAGGGAGCCGUUUGAGAGCGAGAAGCUUCAGCUCCAGGAGCUCAACCAAAGACUCGGCCAGUACUUACUGCGCGCAAAACAGUUGGAGCAAGAAAACGCUGGUCUGAUAAAAGAAAUAAAUACUAUCCGACAAAAAAGGUCUGGAGAAUGGGAAGACAAACACAUGUUAGAGUUACGGGAAAUGAGAAGACUGGUGGAGCGCCUGUCUUUCGAGAAAUGCAGGGCAGAAAUGGAGCGAGAGAAGCUGCGCGAUGAACUUAAGAUGCUUCAAGCGAUGCGCUCAGACGAGGCUUCCAUGAGCAAAGCCAUCGACGGUGACUUAAAAGGUUGUCAUAGGCAGCUUCAUCAGGCUUUUCAGACCAACAGUGCUUUGGAGGAUCGUCUUAUUCAGCUUGAAAACGAAUACACGUUUCUGGAAGAUGCUCACAGAAAUGAAGUGGCUCGCAUGCGGGACCAGGUGCGCUCACGCGCUGUGUGCGUUGUCACUCAAACGCAUCACGCUCCUCCAGCAGUAACGAUGGAAGAGGUGCAGCAGUAUGCGGCCAACUUUACCGAAAGCCGGAAAGAGACCUUGGACAUGUAUCGAAUAAAGGUGGAGGAAAUUGAAGAGUCUUUAAAAGCGGACCAGGCGCGUCUGGAGGACAUUCAGAGGGAGAAAAAGAAAUACGCUUUACAAUUCGACAAGCUGCGUGAAGAGAUCGAGAAGCAGACGCACGUGCAGCUGAACCUUGAGGAGCAGCUCCUGAACAUGCAAGAACAGUUCAGAGCUGACAUUAAUCAGUAUCAGGCUAUUAUUGAGGAUCUGGAGUAUGAGCGCAGAGUGCUGUCCAACACUAUAUCUGAGAAGUUAAAGGACCAUCAGGAUCUCUUGCAGGUCAAGAUGGGCCUUGCUAUGGAAGUGGCAGCAUAUAGGGCACUCUUGGAAGAAGAAGGAAGACAUGCUGAAAUGUGGUCCAAUCAGCAUUCAAGAGAAAGAAUAAUAGAUAUAAAAAUGCCAUCCCAACCCUACACUCCACGAGUGUCCUCCACUCCAGCGCGUCGGCUAGAUUUAAGACAACAAUUCACAGGAUAUGAUGUUAAAUACACAGAGCCCAUUUCCAGCAUGAGAUCUUCAGCUAUAUCAAGUCAGCUUCAUUCUCAUGGAUCGUCAAGAAUAGUGCCCAUCAGCCUAUCAAAUCGUGCCAACCAAAGUCCCGCUUCAAGAAGAGACAUGAUUUCCUUCACCAAAGCAGCACAGGGCGCUGCUGCCAGUACCACAGCACCUGGUGUCUCUUCUUCUGAGAUGAGGAGAGAGAUGGAUGUGAGAAUUAAGAGAAAAGAGAUUUCACCUGAGCACCCACCGCCCAAAUAUGAAAGUAUAUCCAGCUCUACGGUCUCAAAUAUAACACAUCCAAAGCCAGUAAAAGUGGUAUCACCUACUGUAAGUGUGAGCAAGGCAACCAUUGAAGAAAGUCAUCAGAAAGAUGUUGAACCAAAGAAAAUGCAAUCCGACCAAGAUGCAUACCAAUCAAAGACAACAAUAAAGGAAGAAAAACAGUACGUCAAAGAGUCAAAAGCUAAAGAUGAGAGAGAAUUUGAAAGCCACCAGAAAGUUACAGACAAAGCAAAAGAAACAAUGAAAGAGAAAACGCAUCACGUCAACAUAAAAGAAUCAGAUGAGGGAGAGUCUGAAAAUGUAGGACCUAAGGUAUUUGUAGGUGAGGAGAAAGUAUUGGAUGCAGUGUCUAUGGAGGAAAUCAUUCAGCGGGUCAUGAAACCUGCCGGUUUGGAUCCUAAGCUCAGCUCAUCCCCAGACUCAAAAGUCACAUACCAUGUAGAGAAAACAGAGCAAGAGGAUGGAUCCACCAAGACCCAGAUUGUCUUACAAUCCAAAGUGGAGGAAGAGCUAGACCUGGAGGAUGAUUUUGGCAUGGAGGAACUUCUCAACAAAGGAGUCAAGAAAGUGACCCUGGAGAACAUCAAAGGAACGCCAACAGGAAAGAUGAUCGAGAACCUGCUGAGUCUUGGCCUGGAAGGUGAGAGUUUGGCAAACACGUCUGUAAAUGUGGAGAUAAUAGAGGAACCUGUGGAGUCUCCGUGUGUUGAGGAAAUAGAGGAGACUAUUGAGGAUAAAGCUAAACAACCAGAGGUCAAACCUUCAUCAACGUUCUUUCAAAUUGAGGAGCAAGAGAGUGACACAAAGCCUUUUGCUGAAGCCUCACAUGAUGGUGAGAAUAGCUCUGUGCAUGUUCAAGAGAUCACCAAAGAUGAAAGUUUACUUUAUGUCUCCAAUGGUCAAGAGCCACAAGAGUACUUCGUCUCCACACCUGAAGAUAAUAUGUCUGAAUCGGAGGAGGAUGGGAUGGUUAUGUCUUAUACCCACUAUGGAGUUGUGGAUGAUCUGUCUGAUGAAAGAUAUUACCAGGAAGAGGAGCACAAAAUGCACACUGCUGAGGGACACAGCUACAGAGAUUCACCUGAAUAUGACGACCACUCAUUCGUGAGAGACAGCAUCCCAGAGUGCAUUGAGGAGGAGGUGCACGUCUCUCCAACAUUACAACGUUCCAUAGUGGAGAUCCUGAGAGAGGAGUCAUUAGAUCCCGAACAGCAGCUUCGGGGAGCAUUAGAGCAAAUCCAAGAUACAGUUUCUGGAGCCUUGAAAGAAGAACUUGCAUUUUUUACUAAAGGCAGGGAGACACCGGAAAAUGUCUCUGUGGACAUCAAAAAAGUGGAACAAGGUGCUGACACCAUGACUAUUGUGGCAGAGCUUAAUGUAUCACAGACGUUGGAGGAGUCUGGGCUGCUGGAAGAACAAGGAGAUGAUCUAUCCGAAGAGCAGAUCAUGGCAGCGCUGAGCUCAUCCCAUCCAAAACUCCAGCAGGCCCUCAGCGCCGGAGCUGGAAUGGGAUACACUGUUAAAGUUUCCAAAAAAGAGUAUCAAACAGAAGAAAUUCCAUGGAUGACGAGCGAUGACGAACUUGCACAAUGGAGCACAAGUGAUGAGGUCAGCAAAACGGAGAAACAUAUCAAACUUGGCCCGACUGAGAGGUCUUUCACUUUUCAAAUAGAUGCGACUGACAGCUCUGGAUCGGCGAGCGGAGGAGCCUGUGAAGCUGAAGAACAAAGAGAAGCAACCGAGUUUUUGCAGACUCAGAUGGUUGACCCCCACUUGAAGGUCUGUCACGAGAAAAGAAUCGCAACUGUAUAUCUUGAAAACCCCAAAGAUGACUAAGCAGAUGGAACUGUCCUCACGAAUGACAUUACAAGUUAAAAUAAAACUACAUUUGGAUAAAAGCAGAAGAUCUGGUAGGCCCGAAAUCCACAAUUCAUAACUGAUUUUCUGUUAUAACACUGCGUAUUAUAUAUAUUUUUUGUAUCUGGACAUUUUCUUUAGCUUUCCAUUUGUCAUUUUUUUAUUUAGCUAUUUUGAGAAAGUAUGAAAAAGUAUUUCAUUUCUGUGGCACUCAUAAAGUUAUUUCAGGAUAUUUCAGUCACAACUAUUUUUGGUUACACCCAUAAACUUGUAGUGUAGUGUGAUCUAAAGGCCACAGUGACAGCAACGGGUGGGAAAUGCUAUACUGUCCUUCCUGUCUACCAGAGAUCUCCUAAUCCUUAAAUGACAUUAGACCGAGGGGCAACCUUCCGAUCUCUCUGAUGAAGCCAAUACGGAAGUGAUUUAAACUGCAAUUCAUCGACUGGCCGCUAGAGGCAGGCUCCAAAAGGGAGUCAAUUCCCAUAGACCUCCAUGUUAAAAACGCCCAACUUUACAGUAGAAAAUAAUGUUUACAGCCUGGUACAAAAAUUGUUCUUGGUCUGUAUAGCUAAUUUUGCCCUUCCUGACAACUGUGAGGGGGGUGAUUUUUUUUGUAACUCAUCCGUUUAAUUAUAUUAAGCUUUAAAGUUCUGCAUAAUUAAGGGCGUGGCCACUUGAGUGACGGUUGAACAGCCACUGUCGUCACUAGAGUUGAGCUAGGCGGACGUGGUUUCCGCCUCUUUAAAGCUUCCGAUAUCCGCGAGUGAUGCGCGGUGACAUGCGGCCAAGAUGGCGACGGCAGGCCACGCCUACUUUAAGCUUCAAAAACGAUCUUCAGAAACCUAUGGGUGACGUCACGGACACUACGUCCAUCUUUUGUACAGUCUAAGCAUUAGACCUGCAACCACUAUUCUAGCAAUCCUGCUUUUCCAGGAUGACACAUUUUCAUUGCUGUGGUUACAUACAUACAGACACACACACACAGAGAGAGAGAGAGAGAGAGAGAGAGAGAGAGAGAGGGAAAGCAGGAGAGUAACUGUAAAAAUCCCACAGUAAAAAAUAAGUGCUGAGCAGCUUAGACAGAAGUGUGUAAGAGCUUCAGGAAUAGCUGCUGUAGUCGUGUCUGUGUCACAGCCUAUUACUCAGAAUGAGGAUUCACCUCCAUUAAAGGAAGACUAUUUUUAGAAAUUAUACUCCUGUCUUUAAACCUUUUAUACACACCUUACUGUAAAGCAGUGUAGCAGUUUAAGACUAAAGUAUUUCCUCUAUUUUUGUAAUACCCUCGUAUAGUUGGUUACAUAUUUAUAUCAUUUCAAUUCUCAAGGUAAUGGUCAUAAUGUUGGGGUAUAAAAGUAUGUUUGGUGACAAUAACAGAGUAUGUAUGUAAAAUGUGCUUUUUACUUUCAUUUAAUCUCAUUUAGCAUUUCAAUCACAAGUAUCUUUUCUGGAUCACUAUCAACUUACAGUAUGGUAUUGAGGGAUGAUGUUAACAGUGAAUUCAAUAUGGGUAAUAUGAUUAACACAUAAGUGCUGUGCUUCCAUACAUAUCAUGCAUUUAUUGGCAUUGCUUGAGAUGUUUUUCAGCACCAAAUUAUCUUUGAAUCUAUUAAUAGGGCUCUGUGACUCGGCGUGAACGCUGUGCAUGUGCUUAUGCUGCCAUAACAGAUUUACAGGAUGCUGUACAGCACGUAUUGAUUGUUUUGGCUUGGCAGACCGCAGGUAUAUUUGAUCCUCUGAAAUGAAAAAUCACAAAAGGGAUGUAUUGUGUGCUGUUUCACUCUUCAGAUAAAGACUCACUGUGUGAAGAUAGAUUCUCAAUAAACAAACACUUUCAGACAGCGUUACAUAGUUCAUAUUGUGAAUCCUGCUGAAUUCUGUUAAAGCAUACACUAAAAGAAUAAUAAAACUCCUUUCUAACAGUA